UAUGGUUCAUGCGUGUUGAAAGCGGGUUACAGUUGUGGAAAGUUGUAGUAUAACCGCUUCAAAUGCUUUUCCUGCCAGCAGCAGCAGCAGCACAGAGACGGGGAACACACAGCACCCCGGGGGCGGAGGAGGAAGGAAAGAAAGAAAUAAAUGAAGAAAGAGAAAGAAAGAUAGGGAAAGAGUGAACGACUGAGAGGGAUUAACUUCUUUCCUUUUGGAAAUGGAAACGAAAACAAAUGACACGAGUGGGCUCAUUCAGAAGCAGGAUGACGAGAGUAAUUUUUUACUCUCACCGCAUAUUAAGGACCCUGAGGAAGGAGGAACAAGUUCCAUGACUGCUGCCUCAUUUAAUUUCAUCAAUUCCAUUAUUGGAUCCGGACUUAUUGGCCUGCCGUACUCAAUGGCACAGGCUGGUCUUUCACUGGGGCUGCUGCUACUGUUCCUGGUUGGGUACAUUACAGACUACUCCAUCAUCUUGUUAAUAAAAGGAGGGAACUUAUCAGGGACACACAGUUAUCAGUCACUUGUGCACAGCACAUUCGGCUUUGCAGGAUUUGUAAUUCUAUCGAUGCUGCAGUUCCUUUAUCCAUUUAUUGCGAUGAUAAGCUACAAUAUCAUCACUGGAGAUACAAUGACCAAAGUUUUUCAAAGAAUACCAGGAGUUGGUCCAGGCCAUGUUCUGGCGAACAGACACUUUGUCAUCUUGAUGUCCACUAUUCUGUUCACAGUUCCUCUGUCACUGUACAGAGAUGUAUCUAAACUGGGGAAGGUUUCAUUGGUGUCUAUGCUGUUGACUGUAGCCAUCAUCAUUGUGGUAGUCAUAAGAGCUGCAACACUGGGGACACAAAUCCCCCCUUCUGAAGAUGCAUGGGUGUUUGCGCGUUGGAAUGCAAUUCAAGCAGUUGGUGUCAUGUCUUUUGCCUUUAUCUGCCACCACAACAGCUUCAUUAUCUACGAGUCACUACAGGAGCCCACUCUGAAGAAGUGGUCACGCAUCACGCAUGUGUCUGUGGGCUCAGCUGCCCUCAUCAGUGCAGUGUUUGCUGCUGCUGGCUAUGCUACAUUUACAGGCUACACACAAGGAGAUAUAUUUGAAAACUACUGCAAGGAUGACAACUUAGCCACAUUUGGUCGUUUCUGCUAUGGACUCAGUAUAAUCACUACUUUCCCUUUAGAGUGCUUUGUGACAAGAGAGGUGGUGUCAAAUGUCUUUUUUAAUGGACUACUUAGCAACUCUGCCCACGUCAUGGUUACCGUGGUGAUAAUAUCAGCAGUUACUGCAAUUUCUCUCUCUUAUGACUGUCUGGGUGUUGUACUGGAGCUGAAUGGUGUUCUGAGUGCCACACCACUGAUCUUCAUCAUUCCCUCUGCCUGUUUUUUGAAACUCAACAAUGGGCCCUGGUAUCAGAGGAAGAAGCUUUUACCAAGUCUGAUUCUCAUCGCUGGGGUUUUUGUCAUGAUCAUCGGUUUGGUUAUGACAGCGCUGUUUCCUCAGGACUGCUCACACGGAGCUGAGAUGUUCUACUGCUCAGACAUCAACUCCUCCGUUACCACCACCACUCCACAUCCUUCUGCACUACAGACUACAAAUACGACUCAGAACAUUACCCUGUCCUGAUUGGGAUUUCAUAUCAAUUUGAAAAUCCUCUUAUCUUAUGUGAUAUUCUUGUGAUGACACUGUUAGUGUUGUGCUUGCUAAAAGUAUAA